AUGGAGUUGAGAGAAAUAAGGCAGGGUGAGGGAGGUGAGGUGAGGUGUGAGGAUGAAGGACAGGAGGAGGGGAGAAGUGUCCGGACGGGUCAGAGGAGUAAUAGAGGGGGAAAUGUGUGUGAGCAUGUUUCAAGGUCAGGUCAUGCUGAGAUGGGCGAGGAAAACAUGCAGAAAAUGCCAAAUAGUGAGCAUAUGUUUAGAACAGAAGAGUAUGAGAAGCUGACAGAUAUAACUAAGGAGAUAGUGGAACAGGAGAUAGAUAGGCUGAAAAAGUUCAAGACACCAGGACCAGAUGAAAUAUAUCCCAGAGUACUUAAGGAAUUCAAAGAGGCUAUUAGUGAACCGCAGAUUUGGGUGGAAUUUCGGAAUGCUGUGGCAGGCACCAACAGGUCAAGGUUUGAAGUACUUAGUUCAGGCGUUUUGCUGCUGAACAGGGGAGCAGUGGGCCUCUUUGUCUUGACUCCUGAUGGGAUAAUGGAUGAACUCAUCAAUACAGGGCUGCCUGAGGGAGAAUACUGGGACAUAGUGAGUGGAUGGAAUGACAAAUUGGUGGUACAAGCUGACGGCACAGCGUGGCUCACCAUCAACAACACUGAUGUCCCAUUUGUGGCCUUCUGCGUGGACUGUGGGCCUGAGAAGUUUUCCACAACUGAAGCCAGCACUUUGAAGACCACUCCUCUCUACUCCACCUCAGAAGAGAUGAUUUCUGAGACUUCAACUUCCACGAAUGAAAGACCUACAGAUUACUCCACCUUAGCCACAGAAACUACAGAAUACUCCACUGCAUCUGAUACAGCCACAAAUGAAACCGUCACAGGCGAUUACACUUCCUAUGGGCCUUCAUCUUACUAUUCUACGUCAUAUGAGCCUUCCUCAGACUAUCCCAGUUCAUAUAAAUCCAGCACAGAUUAUUCCACUACCCCAGACCAUUCUACUUCUUAUGAACCUUCCACACUCUAUUCUACUUCAUAUGAACCUUCCUCGGACUAUUCUUUUUCAUACGAACCUUCCUCGGACUAUUCUUCAUAUGAACCUUCCUCGGACUAUUCUUCUUCAUAUGAACCUUCCUCGGACUAUUCUUCUUCAUAUGAACGUUCCUCGGACUAUUCUUCUUCAUAUGAACCUUCCUCGGACUAUUCUUCUUCAUACGAACCUUCCUCGGACUAUUCUUCUUCAUAUGAACCUUCCUCGGACUAUUCUUCUUCAUAUGAACCUUCCUCGGACUAUUCUUCUUCAUACGAACCUUCCUCGGACUAUUCUUCUUCAUACGAACCUUCCUCGGACUAUUCUUCUUCAUAUGAACCUUCCUCGGACUAUUCUUCUUCGUAUGAGCCUUCCUCGGACUAUUCUUCGUCAAAUAAGCCCUCUACAGACUAUCCUAGUUCAUACAAAACCACUACAAAUUCUUUCUCCUCCUAUAGACCGUCCACUGUUUCUUCUACUUCUUACGAACCUUCCACAGACCAUUCCAUUUCUCAGCAACCUUCCACAAACUAUUCUACUUCCUAUGCAACUACCACACACUUUUUCCCCACAACUACAGAAUCCCCUUAUAAAUCAACUGUGAUCUUCAUGAAAAAGAAAGUAUAUGACAGCCAGUACGUGUUUUUAAGAGGUGGACUCAAUGAGGAAGACCAUCCAGGUAACUGGGGACUUAGAGGACACCUGAGUCUCUGCAGUGCGGUGGCGUCUCUUUCCUUCUCCGAGCCCAGUCAGUCCUGGGUGGUCGUGGUUCAUCUUCUGAGAAGACACAUAGUGUUGCAUGGCAGGAGAGACAAUAUUCUACGGAUAACCCAGAAGGACCCUGUGGAGGUGAAUGUGAGCUCCAAACUACACUACGCAGGAGGCAGGGUAGAGAGGCUGACCCAGCUCAUGCCAUGGAGGGACUGGCUGGCAGCAGGAGUGGCUAGCGACCUUAAUCCCCUACCUCUGCUGGAAGUGACAGUAGAUCCGACACGAAUUGGUGUGAGGACACGUAGUCCCACAAACAACGUCCACGGACGUGUUAGCCGUGGCCACAGUGUUGGGGGAUUUUCCUAG